AUGACGGGCGAAAAAUCCCAUCAUAUACCUAUCAAAAUAAAAAACUAGACAGCUGUAGGAUAGGAAGUAGAACUUGUACAGAAUUUCGAUUUGAAGAAUGAAUUAAUAGGGAGAAAAUAACUACUUUACAGACAAGUGAUAUUAGUUUCUGUUACUACCAAAGUAGUUCGUCAAGUGGUGAAAUAUCCAACAAUAUAACAGAUAGCUCUCGACAGAUAUAGAUUUGUUUUACAGACUUCAAAAAUGGACAGCCAGCCCUGCAUAUUUUUGGGUAUCAAAAUAAAACCCGGCCCUAUUGAGCGCCACAAGAUUGAAAAUUUUGCGUUAGACAAUACUGUUGACAGUCUCAAAACUGAAGCAGAGAAGAAGACAAAUGUCCCGUCAGCUUCUUUGGAAUUAAUACACCAUGGUAAGAUUUUAAAAGACAAUCACACAUUACAAGACAGUGGUGUGAAGAGUGGGGAGAUGGUGCAUGUUGUGAAGAAGAAGGUCCACACGCCUGCUGCACCAGCACCCUCCUAUUCUGAUGCAGAGCUGCAGCAGCUGAACACAUCAUUGCGGACUCUGGGCUGCACUCCUAAUGCUCCCGGCUGGACUAGAGCUAUGCAGCUGUUAAAUGAUGAGUCUGCCAUGGCUGAAAUCAUAGAACAGGCACCAUCAAUUGGAGAAGAUUGUGUUGCCCUAUCAAUUCUCCAUGAGGUAGAGUUGCUAGCGGCAUUGGGCGCUAAUAUCCACACUAUGAGGCGAGGUGCGAACGCCCACCCAGAACUACCCGCGGCCCUGAGGCACCUCACGCGGCUUGUGCGAUCGCGCUCAAACACUACCUCUUCAACAGACAGUGUGCCAACUUCAGGGUUUGCAUACUCAUUGGAAGCUCUCUCAGAAGACGAGGAUGCUGAUGAGGAGGAGAAUGAAGAUGGCGAGAGGAACCCAAUCACACAUGAGCAGUUUGCAGCUGCUUUACAGGCAGCCACGGAGGCGGUGUCGUCGUCCAGCAGCCGCGGCGCGGGCAGCAGCGACAGCCUGCUGCGCCUGCUGCAGUCCGCCGGGGAGUCCUCGCGCGCCACGUCCGCCGCCACCGACGCCGGCACGCCCACUGGCGCCGGCCCUGCGCGGUCGCUGAUAACGCCGGAGAUGUUCAGCGAGGCUAUAUCAGAGGCUAUGAACCGAGCGGGGCGUGCGCGGACGUCGGCCGGCACUCCCAUGGAACAGAGCACUGCUGCGUCAUCAUCCCAAAGUCCAGUUGCGAGGGAAGGCGGAGAAGAUUUCUCAGUGCAACUCAAUCACAUGCAUGAGAUGGGAUUACUUGACGAUGCACUCAAUAUACGCGCACUACUUAUUUGUGCAGGUGAUGUCAAUGCAGCAAUCAAUUUGGUCUUCAGUGGAGCAAUAGGUGACGACUAAAUAUCCCAAGUACUUUUUAUCCAAUAUAAUAUUAUAAUCAAUGAUCAGCAAGUCCUUUAUAAAAGACUUCGUAUUCGAAAGUUAACGUAUUCAUGUAGUUUACUUGUCUAUGAUUUAAGACUGAGAAUACAAACUCAACUCAUUUGGAAAAACAUGUAUAAUUCGCUCGCUGUCUUUAAUGUUUCAAUGUGAUAUCGGUAAUAAAGAUUAAAACA